AUGUUUUUAGGAACAUCUGCCUGGUUAACGGCAUUUAUCGCUUUUUUGCUCCUCCCAGAACCAAGAAAGGUAGCGUCGACUAAAAAAUGUAACUUGGCGGAGAAGCAGCAUGUCGUAAUCCAAGGAACGACCGUUCUAAAAUGCCCUGUGUCUAAUACAACACGAUAUCCCAUCGAAUGGCUGCGAAAUAAAGAAACCAUACCGUCAUUAGGAAGCAUUGAACGGACAUCAAAUCGUAAGCACCUUCAGAUCACAAACGCUGAUGAGAGCGAUGCUGGACGCUAUAUGUGUAUCAUUUACAGCAACGCCGGGGAGAAGAGGCACAACUUCGAUUUGGAAGUUUGGGUGCCACCGCAUUUUAACGACAGUGAAGUACCAAGGAACCUCAGCAUUGUAUCAGGGGAACCAAUCCGAUUGAAAUGUGACACAAGCGGUGUCCCGGCGCCAUCUAUAAUCUGGUUCAGGAACUGGGAGGAAAUUACAGCUGAUUUGUAUCCUCACAUUCGUAUCCUCCAAGAAGGGAAACUGCUGCACGUUGUCAGCGCAGAGGUAUAUGAUACUGCAGAGUUCACGUGUAGAGCGGAGAAUCCAGUUGGUCGGGCAGAAAAACAUUUCAACGUUGCCGUAAAUAGUUUGGGAUCAAGAUCAAACACGAGACAAAAACGGGAAACCCCUCAAUUGGAACAAUGUCCUAAUGUCACCACUGAUCUAGGACCGAGUGAUAGUUCUUGCCGUGCACCAAGCCCUUGUAGUUGUCUCGAUCCAACAUCAACUCAGGCUGAAGACAUAUAUUGUUAUUCUAAAGAUAUUAAUGAGUCGACACUACCCGGGAUGCCAUUGCCAACUAACACGAAAAAGCUGCUUCUAAAUGGUAACAGUUUCCAAUCAAUAGAAUCAAGAGUGUUCCAAAAAGUGCCAAAUCUCGAGGAACUAGACGUAUCGGUAAAUAGAAUAGGGGAAUUAACAUUUGGACGAUUGGAAAAUCUCAGAGUCCUUAAAAUACGAUAUAACAAGGUUCCUCUACUGUUGAAUGAUAGGUCCUUUAAAAAGCUUACAAAGUUGGGAAACUUACAGUUAAAUCAUUCCAAACUAGCUGAACAAUUGCAGUCAAACGUAUUCCAAGCACAGGAGAGAUCUCUCAAGUCACUUAGCUUGAUCGGAUGUGGUAUUGAUGGACUUGAUAAUGAUGUUUUUAGAAAUUUGAAGGUAUUAGAAGACUUGGACUUAUCCGAGAAUAGUCUGACAAAGCUUCAACAAGGCACAUUCUGGGACUUGGGAGAGUUGAAGAUAUUAAGAAUUUCCCGAAACAAAGUUCCGCUUAUACUGGGCAACAAUUGCUUUCAAGGUCUUACUAAGUUGGAAAUGUUGAAUUUGUACUCAACAAAUGUACAAGGGGGCAGCUUAAAAUCAACGAUGUUUGAGAAUCUCGACUCUCUCAAAACACUAGUACUUGUAAACUCUGACAUUCAUAUAGUUAAAAGUGGGGCAUUUAGUCAACUGUCAAACUUACAAGAUCUUUAUCUAUCAGGUAAUAAUUUGACAAACAUCGGCCCGGGUAAAUUUCAAGGAUUGAAGAAUCUUAGGAACUUGGGAAUCUGUAAGAAUAAAGCUCCAUUGACAGUGGGGGGCUUUGAUCUGGAAAGCUUGACGUGUUUGAAUCUGCACUCAACAGAAAUAUCGGGAGGUUUCUUAAAGUCGAGUAUGUUUCGCGGUCUCAGUUCUCUCAAGAUAUUGGAUCUAGAGGGUUGCGGCAUUCACACAAUCGACAAGAAAGCAUUCAGGACCGUCCCAGAUGUCAAAACAAUUCACUUGCGUGACAACACUCUUGCCAACACAAGGUAUAUCCCAAUAAUGUUCAAUAUACUGGCAAAUUUGCGUGAAAUAGAAAGUGAUCACGAUGAAUUCUGUUGCUUUUCACAAAAGGUUCCAGAGUGUAAAGCUGAAUUCUUGUCGACGUGUGCAGACCUUAUAAAGAGUGAUGUCCUGCGGUACUCGUUCUGGGCAGUUGGUAUACUGAUAUUUAUCGGCAACCUUACAGCCUUGGGUGUUCGUUUACGUGAGCAGAAUCAAAGCACGGGCGUUAACACAAUGAUGAUAAUGAAUUUAUCAGUCUCUGAUUUACUCAUGAGCAUUUAUAUCAUCAUUAUCGCGGCAAUGGAUGUGAAGUUUAGAGGGGAGUAUGCUGAAAAUCGGUACUAUUGGGUUAACGGAACGAUCUGUAUGUUUGCUGGAUUUUCUGCAUCUCUUUCAAGCGUGAUGUCAGUGUUUAUCCUUGUCAUUAUGACAUUGGAUAGAUUUUUCAGAAUCGUCUUUCCCUUCAGCUCUCAUCUUCACAUGAAAAAACGCUCUGCCAACAUCAUCAUGGCACUUGGUUGGAUUGUCUUUAUUGUCCUCUCUGGAUUGCCUCUUCUACCUUUGAGCUACUUUGGUCCUUAUGAAUACUUUUCCCAGUCUGGGUUUUGCCUCCCAUUAAUUCUUUCUGACUUUACCUUUAAGGGAUGGGAGUACGCAUUUGCCAUAUUCAAUGUGGCCACUUUGAUUGGGUUUGUUAUCAUAGCAGCCGGCUAUAUGGCGAUGUUCUAUUCCGCUUAUUGCCAUGGAACCAUCCGUGGACCUACGUCAAGUCAGGACAUCAAGAUGGCAAGAAAGAUGAUUUGGAUUGUCGCCACAGAUAUGUGCUGCUGGGUCCCUAUAUCACUACUCGGGUUCAUCUCUCAACAGGGCGUUGAACUACCGGGUGAAAUAUUUGCUUACAUCAGCGUAUUUGUUCUGCCGAUUAACAGUGCCAUCAACCCGAUGAUCUACACAAUUAGCAACUUCUCGUGCGAUAAUUGUUCGUGUGAUUGCAAGAUGUGCGUUAGAUAUUACCGUAGGUCGUCUGAGCCGAGUACAUUGUCUUCCUCUGAGCCUUUGAAGCAUAUUGUGAAUAUUGUAGCAUUGCAAACCGUGGACACUGAGAGUGAAAAAGUAGCAGUUUAA